GAAGAAAAAACUGUGCGGUUAGUUAUUAUUUGUAAAGGCGGUUCCAGGCCCGUUUGCCCAACAUCUUCCCCGCGGAUAGCUGCUAGUGGACGACCACGACUAGGACAACAAGCCGUCAGUACCCAGGCAAUUUCCAGCGUGACAAUCAUGAGCUACAAUGAUGACUUCAAAUGUCCUCUUUGUCAUACGCGACAUUCUUUACGGCACUGCAGAUCUUUCCUCCAGCUAGCCCCCGAAGGAAAAGCUGACUUUGUGCGCAGAUCGAAGUACUGCCGUAAUUGCCUUGGUAUGGGUCACCGUAUCGCCUACUGUCCCUGGCAGACCGGGUGUCGUGUUUGUAAACUCGCCCACCAUACGCUUAUGCACCCCUUGGAUACGAGCCAAUCAUAUUGGACGAAAAUGACAGCGGAGGCAUUUCUGCACAGUCCUGGCAAAAUAGAACCUGCAGUAAAAAUCAGGGUCCUGCUCAACCCUAUGGCCCAGGAUAGCUGCAUCUAUUUAGGUCAUCCUCUGCCAAAAUACAAUCCUCAAUUUGGCCCUUUCUUCAAGGUGGUGCUGACUUCGACGAACAAUAAUGUAAGGACGUUUACAACGAUAGUAAGGGUAUGCGAGUCGGACCAUCCCAUUGAACCAUGGCACUACCUCGACGUCAGCCGUGUAUCAUUUACUUACCCGCGAAAUGUUGUAGCUGACACGCAUUUUUACCGACCUGGUCCAAUAAGCGUCGUUUUGGGGAAAGAUGCAGCUGACGGCAUAUACAUGGGACUGCCUAUCUUGGAACCAAAUAUGCCUUAUGUCCAAAACACUAUUUUGGUUGGACCUUUUUUGGAGAAAUGCCCAAGAGGUGUUAAUCAUUGUACCAUCCAGGCUGGAUUCUGGUGAAUUCCUUUUUUAUGUUAUAUUAACAUUUAUACAAACACACAAUUUAAUUAGUUUACAAGUUUGAAUUUAUUUUGUUUUUCUCCAAGUUGGGAGGAAUCCCAACGGGGGGGAGGAUGUUUAUGGGGAAACGUAAAGAGGGCAACACCAAAAAAAAAUCCCCAUAAACGUCGCCCGCUCCGCUCUUUUUUUUUGACGGCGGUCACUGAUAACGACACGACACAGGACAUUUAUUAUUUGUUCUUCUUUUGUUCUUUUUUUCGUUCGUUGGUGCAUUUUGUGUGAUCGGUCAUUGCCAGUGCAGCCGUCAGCAGAGAUAAA